AUUUCGCUCUCUCCGAAGAGUCUCCUACUCGGAAGUAGACGUAUCUGUCUAUUCCGUACCAUUUUCAUAUACAUUUCAUUUGGAAGACCCCCAUUUCUCCCCAAAAUAAAACACAACAUGGAAUCGAAGAUGGAGUAACUUAAAACCCGAUUUACCUUUUUGUUUUACCUCAGUUUAAUGGACCGGAUGAUUUCCAAGUCGAACUGUGAUUCCCACAGCUUUGCAGGGAAGGUAGCUGUAUCCAGUGGGGAGGUAGGCGUAUCCAGGGGACGCAAUGAUGAAGUUUGCCGAACCAUUGGAAAGCCAGAGGCUGUCUUUUCUUCUGGAAAAGGCCGCCUCUAGGGAAGCCCAGAUGUGGAAAGCGUACGUGCCCAAAAAGACGUAUACCAGCGUUCAGGAUACAGACAUCUCCCCUGCCCAGCGCGAUGAGGCUGUGUACUGGCUCAUUGAUCUGAACAGUGACACCAAGCUCUAUCCAGAGACCCUCUCCCUGGCCAUCAGUAUUUUAGACAGGUUUUUAGGCGCUAUAAAGGCCCGUCCAAAGUACCUCCGCUGCAUUGCCAUCGCCUGUUACUUCCUGGCUGCCAAAAGCAGCGAGGAAGACGAGCGUGUGCCGUUGUUGCGUGACUUGGCAAGCAGCAGCAGCUGUGGCUGCUCUCCAUCAGAGAUCCUGAGAAUGGAGAGGAUCAUUCUGGAUAAACUCAACUGGGACCUGCACACUGCAACACCGCUGGAAUUUCUACAUAUUUUCCAUGCCAUGGUGCUGUCUUGCAAGUCCCGGUUCUUGGUUGGUCUGGUGGGCUGUAACCCGUCGCAGCACCUGUCAGUGUUGACCCAGCAGCUGCACUACUGCCUGGCCGACAGCACCCUGCUACAGCCCCUCUCCCGGGGAUCCAUGCUGGCACUGGCCCUCAUCACCCUGGAGCUGGAGAAUAUCUGCCCUGACUGGCUGGCUCUCACUAUCCUCCUGCUCAGCAAAGCACAGAUCGAUAGUUCUCAGCUCAUCCGCUGUCGAGAGUUGGUGUCACGUCGCCUGUCCACACAGGAAGCUUCCCUGCCUCCCAACACUGUAUACAUCUACCAGCCCCUGGACCACAGUCUGGCCUCGGACCCCUGCGACGAAGGGGAAGGAGACUCCAACACCAGGCUCCUCUCCCCAGUCACAGACCCACCAGCCCCGGCCCCCAGGGACCGAAGCCUCUCCAGGGUCUCCUCCACCACCGCCCUGCUCCAGGUCCACGGUCCGCCCAUGCCCAGCCACCACCCCCACCAAGUCCACCUGCGCUGCAAGCUCUCAGCCAAGCGCAAGGUGAGAGCUUGGCUACUCCAUCAACCGGAGUGGAGGAGAUGGAGGUCGACGAAUUCUACGACGGGAUCAAACGGCUCUACAGCGAAGAGAGCGGGGGUGCUCCGGAGGGGACGGUGGUAACGGGGGAGGGGCCUCUGCUAGUCAGGCAGGAGGGCAACACCUCACCCUGUCCCCCUCUCCAACCCGUCAGUUUCACAUAGAGAAGAGAAAGAAACCAAGGCCUUCUCGUCAUCUUAUCUGAGCUGCAUGGAAGAGGCGUCCCAAGUGUUCCCAGUGUUUCAGCAGUCAUGGACAUUAAUCCACCAUCCCAGGCCUAGACGGAGCCAAAAAAAAGUCACACACAAAAAAAAUGCUGCUAUUUCAUAACUAUUUGUUGAAUAUAAAAGGAUAACUAAAAUAUUGAUAUAACUAAAAAGAAAAAAAUCUUGUCCUUCAAAAAAAAGUUAGAAUGACUUCUUCUCCCAUUUUGAUUCUGUGUGUAAGAGAUUUCUCUUGACUAAUGUAAGGUCAUGUCAUCUUAUUUCUGUCCUAACCACUUCUGUAAAUUACAAUACAUAUAUACGUCUUCUUUCCAUCAGCAUGUUCUUCAGCUUGUUGUCUUUUAAUCCUUCAGAGUUUGAUUGAAUGGAAGUGUGUUUAGACUAGAUGACUGUCUUAACCCGCCCAGGUAGGAAAGAAGUGAUAUGUGUGAAGUACUGACUGAUUGUUUAUAAGAUUUUUGUUAACUUAAUCUAAAUAUCCACAACCUUCCUAUCUUUGUCCCAUCAAAGUGUUGUCGAAGUAAAACCAAAGAAGGAACAGGUUCGUAUUACUGACGAAAGAGCGUUAAUUUUACUCAUUGAAGCAAUGCAAUGUUUUUGGUUUUGCCCAGUUUGUGCGUUGUCUGAAGAUGAACAGCUUUGUGUCAAGAGGGAUAAAGAUGUAUAUCACCAUAAUACCGCGUCUUCACUGUUCAGAAAUGUUUUGUUUUGUAUUUAUUGCAAAAAGCAGCUCUCUCUUUUUCUGGGGUGCUGGUUAACUUCCGAUGCUCUGCUGGUUCACCUUGUGGCACCAAUAAAGAAACACCUUUAAUCA